AUGGGCGGGCCCAGCCCAGGCCCCUCCUUCACCUCGGCCGGCCCGUCCCCGGGCGCCACAAACCUCUUGCUUGAUGUCCCGAACGUACACUCUGUGCCGUCCGCCCACAUGGACCAGUUGCAUCUGAUGCAUCAUUUUCUUUCUGGCGCUAUUCCUGUUCAUGACAAGAUGCCCACACACCAGCAUCUCGUCGAGCAGGCUCUUGGCCUUCCUUACCUUAUGAACGAGAUCCUCGCUUAUUCAGCGCGACACCUCGCCUCAACAUGCCCAGACAAGGCCCCUCAGUAUAUCUUCCUUGCGCGUGAGUACCAGGCCCACGCCUUGACUUUCUUCAACACGACCCAAGCCGAGACGACCGCCGACAAUGCCAUGCAAAUGCUUGUCUUCAGCUGGAUGGUCGGCAUGAAUCUCCUCUGCGACGCCGCCUGCGCCGAUGAUGACGCCACUGUGCUCGAUGAUUUCAUUCGAUACAUAGAGCUCUACCGCGGUGUCCGCGUCAUCGCGUCAGCGGCGUGGGACGUACUCAUAAAAUCGAAUCACGCCUCCGUUUUUGAGGACGGGCAGCUCAUCUCCAUGAAGCUCGGCACAGGCGCCGAGACCGAGGCUCUGCAGGUCUUGAUCACGGACAGUCUCGGCAUGGACGACGAGCAGAAGCAGGGCAACCAGGAGGCCCUUGCGAGGAUUCAGGCCACCUAUGACUCUCACUCGUCUCUCGACGCAGACUCAAAGGACUCGUCACCGCGUGUCUCGCCCGUCGGUCAUCUCGGCGACGCGGUCGGCAUGCUCUCGCUUGCCCGCAGGUAG